CACCCCCAACCUCCACUAACGUUUGUUUUCCCCCUUUUUUUUUCUUAAUUUUUUUUCCCUUUUUCUUUUUUGCUUCUUCAGUCAAACAAUUUGGGCGUUUGUUUGCAUUGAUUUGCUGCAGUUGCAGCAGAUCCCUUCAAUUUCCCGUCUCCCAAAACCCUAAUUUCACCCCCCUUUAAUCGAAAGAAUGGAGCUUUUGGGGAAAAUCGUGACGAAGGAGUUCAAAGGGUUUGGGGUUUUUGAAGGAGUAGUUGAAUCAUACGAUUCGUCAACUGGGUUUUACAAAAUCUUGUACGAAGACGGCGAUUCCGAGGAAGCUGACUUGUCCGAGGUUUCCCGUUUAUUGUCUUCUUCUUCUUCUUCACCUGAUGCUGUUGUUCAGUCAAUUUCCGUGAAUUCGAAAGUUGGGACAGCUAAGAGAGUUGGGAGGAAGCCCAAAAAACGGCGUCGUAAUGAUCCAGGUAAAUCCUCUAACGUUUUGACAGUUGAUAAUUCGGAACAUAAUUUAGGGAGUGAGGUUGAGUUAGGUCAAAUUGCAGUGAAUGAUUUUAAUGCUUCUGUUGUUAAUGUGAAUGGAAAUUCGGAUUUUAUUGUUGGAAAUGGUGGUUUUGAUUUGAACCGCGGGAUAAAUGUUGAUGAUGGGGUUGAAAAUGGGGGAAUUAGGGGUUGUAUUGACUUGAAUUUGAGUGUAGAUGAUGAUGGGUGUGAUGAGAAUGCCACUAGGGUUGAAAAAGUUGGUUCUUUUGGGAGGAUUGAACGAGGGUUUGAUCUGAAUUUAGGGAUUCAUGACAAUGGCGAGAAUGGGACUGUGAAUAACAAUGCAUGUUUAGGUUCAGGGGAUGAAGUGAAAGAUGGGGAUGCUAACCUUGUAAGUAGUAGGCUUUGUGAUGUUGAGGUUACAACACCAAAUCAAUACCAGAAUGGAAAUUCAGGUAGUAGGAAAAGGAGAAAGGUAACAGAAACUGUGUUGAGAAGAAGUGCACGACGUUCAAAAGCUGCUUCUAUCAAUGAGAAUAAUGCUUCAAUUACAAAGACAGAAGAUGAAGUGAAUGAUUUGUCGGGUGUUAUUGAUGAAGCAGAAGAAAAGCCUGUUCCUAAAAUGUUGGAAAGAGUUAUAGAACCUCAAUCUCCUCCUCCCAAGAUUGAACUUCCACCUUCUUCAGCUAAGUUAAAUUUAGAGGGAAUUCCUGUAUUAGAUCUGUUCUCUACUUAUGCUUGUCUUAGGUCAUUUAGUACCAUACUGUAUUUGAGUCCUUUUGAACUGGAGGAUCUUGUAGCAGCAUUGAAGAGCAGAGUAUCAAAUCAAUUAAUUGAUUUAAUUCAUGUUGCCAUCUUGCAAACAUUAAGAAAACACCUGGACUUUCUUUCAAGCGAGGGAUGCGAAUCUGCAUUGACUUGUUUGAGGAAUAUUAACUGGGAUUUGCUGGAUGAAAUUACAUGGCCUGUUUUUAUGGUGGAAUACCUACUUAUUCAUGGCUCAGGAUUAAAGCCUGGGUUUUCUCUCAAUCAGUUGAAGCUAUUUGAUGGUGAAUACUACAAGAAACCAGCAGAGGUGAAGAUAGAAUUGCUUCGUUGUCUAUGCGAUGAUGUCGUUGAAGUUGAGGCCAUUAGAUCCGAGCUUAGUAAGAGGACUGUUAUUGCAGAGGUUAAUAUGGAAUCUGGUCGAACAAUGUGCUCUGAAAGGAAACGGAAGACCUCUUUAGAAGUUCCUGUGGACUCUUGCCUGAGUGAGGGCAUGAAAGAAGAGGUAGCUGAUGGAAACAGUGAUGAGUGUUGCCUUUGUAAGAUGGAUGGGAACUUAAUAUGCUGUGAUGGUUGUCCUGCUGCUUAUCAUUCGAAAUGUGUUGGAAUUGUCAGCAGUCUUUUGCCAGAGGGUAACUGGUACUGUCCAGAAUGUGUGAUUGGCAAAUUGGGUUUUGAAAAUAAACCUCAGAGACACAUCCGGGGUGCAGAGUUACUUGGAACUGAUACUUGCGGACGCCUUUUUUUUGGCUGCUUCAACUACCUUUUGGUGUCAGAUUCCUGUGAUGCGGAGGCUUUAUGUAGUUAUUACCACAAAGAUGACCUUGGUGCCAUUACUCAACUACUGCAAUCAUCCACCGUCCUGUAUAGCUCAAUUUUAAGUGCAAUUUCUCAAUAUUGGGCCUUCCCGACUGACUCGUGUCAACCUAAAAGUGAUUUGGGUGGAGCAAAUGAUGGAAAGAAAGCAAAAAGAUUCAUAAUUUCACGAAAUUCUGGUCAUUUAGGCUCUGAACAUUCUGAACCUGCAGACUUGUUUGAUUCAGAUACUGCCAAACCCAGCAUAGAGACGAAGAGUUUGUUUACAAGCUCUGAAGGAUCUGGUGAAGUUUUAGAGGAGAAUGAUGUGAUUCAAAAAUCCCCUAGUCCUGUGUCCAAUAUGGCUGCCAGAAGGAAAUAUGGGAAGAAGCUUUCAGCUUCCAAACAGAAGAAGAAAAAAGGUUCUUCUGCGGGAAAAGACAUAUCAGUAUCGAAGGAUAAAGAAGAAAACAUAUUACAAGAGCAAUCUGGAGAUGGGUAUCUGAAUAGCUAUAGCUUUGCUCGGACAGCUUCUUCAGUUGUUGAAGAGUUAUUGAGAAAACCCUCAAGUAAAGUAAAUAUAGAUGCCACAAAGACUGAGGAGCAAAUAAUUUCAAUUCAGUUGAAAUUUAUUUUGCAGAAGUCCACAAAGUCUUGUUGGACCACUAUUCAAGAUUUGAAUAAGAAGAGAAGGGUAGAAAAAUGUGGAUGGUGCUACUGUUGCAGAUUCCCUGUCGAAGGAAGAGGUUGCUUAUUCAGUGACCAGAAUAGAAAUUCUGUUUCAGACGCUCUUAGAGUAGAAAUUGAAGGUGUUCUCAAAAGUAAUAAGAAGGGGCAUCUUGUAGAUGUCAUUUGCUACAUCCUCUUUAUGGAAGAGCGCUUGCGUGGACUUCUCUCCGGUCCAUGGUUACAACCUCAAUAUAGUGAGCUUUGGCGUCAAAGUGUUCUUAAAGCAUCUGAUGUUUCGUUGUUGAAACUUCCUCUGCUUACGCUAGAGACCAAUUUACGUCCUGCAGCUCUUUCAGCAGAUUGGUGGAAACAUGUUGAUUUGGUUAGUACUAUGGGUUCAGCUUCCCUCUUUGUGGCAAGUUCACGUGCUACUUCGAAGAACAGUAUCAGCAGAAAGAAGGUUAGAUAUGCAGAUCCUGAAACUAAAUCAUCAUCUGCUGUUCGGGGGUUGGUUUUCUUUUGGUGGAGAGGGGGUAAGACAUCUCGUAGUCUAUUCAACUGUAAAGUCAUACCUCGGUCCUUCGCUUCAAAAGUGGCCCGUAAAGCUGGCUGCAUGAAGAUACCAGAUUUACAAUAUCCUGAAGCUUCUGAGCAUGCUAGGCGAACAAAAUGUGUUGCAUGGCGGGCUUCUGUAGAAAAAUCCACAAGUCUUGAGCAGCUGGCUUUGCAGGUGAGAGAGUUUGACCUGUUUAUUCGCUGGGAUGAUAUUGAAAAUACUCACCCUCAUUCUUUAUUGGACAAGGAAUCCAUAAAGUCCAUCAGGCUGUUUAAGAAAGUCAUAGUCAGGCGUAAGAGUUUAGAAGGAUCAGUUGCAAGAUAUCUUCUGGAUUUUGGCAAGAGAAGAAGUGUUCCAGAUGUUGUUCUCAAACAUGGGAAAAAGUUAGAGAAAUCUGACUGCGAGAAGAAAAAAUAUUGGCUGGAUGAAGUGUAUGUUCCUCUGCAUCUCUUGAAGAGUUUUGAGGAGAGAAGAAUUACCCGUGAGGCUGGUAAGAAAAUUUCCAGUAAAUCCCGGAGGGCUGUCAAAGUGACGAAGAAGCCUUCGAGGGAAAAAGGUUUUGACUAUCUUUUCUCAAGAGCAGAAAGGGUCGAAAGUUAUCAAUGUGGGCACUGUAACAAGAAUGUGUUGAUCAGUGAAGCUGUGAGCUGCGAACUUUGCAAUGGGUAUUUCCACAAAAGACAUGUCAUGAAGUCUUCAGUGGGAAUUUCUUCGGGAUGCUUGUAUACGUGCCACAAAUGCCGGGCAGGGAAGCAUAUAACGAAAGAAAGCAAUCCUGGGAGACGGAAAGGUGGUAAACUUCCGGGCACAAAAAAUAUGAAGAUUGUCAAUGAAGGGCACUCUGCAACAUUGAGGACCAAGCCAAGGAAAAAGGGAAAAAACUCAGGUAGUGGUAGACAAGUGCUUUUGCGAAGUGCAAAAACGACGCCGCGCCAAGAGAAGAUUCUAUCACAGAAAAAUAAAAAUGUCUCGACUGGUAUUGUUCUGCGCCGUUCUGCUAGGCAAGUAAAGUGUACUACUUUGCAGCCAAAAAAAGUUGUAGGACAAAAAAGGAAAAGGAAUAAGGUUAGAACCGUGGCAUCGAAAAAAACCCCAAAGCCAAAGGGAUUAUUCUUGUGGCAGAAGAAAAGAACAAAAAUUUCCCAUUCAUUCUGGAUAAACGGCCUUAAGUUAUCCGGGAAGGAAAAUGAUGAACGGGUUAUACAGUUUAAAAGAAGAAAACUCCUUGUGCCAUUUGAAUUCUCUGCUAAGGUUGAUGAUCAACCAAAAUGCUCUCUUUGUUCUCAUCAAGGAUCUACUACAUCAGCUUUGGUGUAUAUUGCUUGUGAAUUAUGUGGAGAUUGGUUCCAUGGUGAUGCAUUUGGACUUAGCAAAGAAAAUAUCAAGUAUCUUAUGGGGUUCAAAUGCCAUGUAUGCCGUGAGAGGAAUCCCCCUGUUUGUCCUUUUAUCGAGGAUUCAAGGGACGGCAAUUCACCUUUUAUUGAAGCUACUUGUGAAGCACGGGAUGCUCAGGGAUCAUCUGAAGUUGUUGCAGCUCGGAAGGAAACAGUUGAAGGUUCUUCUGGUCUCUUAGAAGUUCAUACAGCACAUAAUUGUGAUGGAACUCUUGACCAGGAUGAAAAUCAAAUGCUAAAUUCUGAGUCCGGAGUAGAAAACAGGCCACUUACCAGUAAGGAUGUUGCACCCUGUUCAGUGGAUAAUGAUUCCCUUUUUAUUGAAGCUUCAAGUGUGGCUCAGGAUACCCCGAGUUUACCUGUGGUUGUUGCAGUUCAAAAGGAAACAGUUGAAGGUUCUUCUGGUCUCUUAGAAGUUCAUACAGCACGUAAUUGUGAUGGAAAUCUGGAUCAGGACAAGACCCCGAUGCUAGAUUCUGAGUUGAGAGUAGUGAAGGACAGUAAUCCUCUGUUUAUUGAAGCUUCAAGUGCGGUUCAGGAUACCCCGGGAUUACCUGUGGUUGUUGCAGUUGAAAAAGAAACAGUUGAAGGUUCUUCUGGUCUCUUAGAAGUUCACACAGCACAUAAUUGUGAUGGAAAUCUGAUUCAGGACGAUACCCCGAUGCUAGAUUCUGAGUUGAGAGUAGUGAAGGACAAUAAUACCCUUUUUAUUGAAGCUUCAAGUGCGGCUCAGGAUACCCCGGGUUUACGUGUGGUUGUUGCAGUUGAAAAAGAAACAGUUGAAGAUUCUUCUGGUCUCUUAGAAGUUCAUACAGAACGUAGUUGUGACGGAAAUCUGGAUCACGACAAGACCCCGAUGCUAGAUUCUGAGUUGAGAGUAGUGAAGGACAAUAAUACCCUUUUUAUUGAAGCUUCAAGUGCGGCUCAGGAUACCCCGGGUUUACCUGUGGUUGUUGCAGUUGAAAAAGAAACAGUUGAAGAUUCUUCUGGUCUCUUAGAAGUUCAUACAGAACGUAGUUGUGACGGAAAUCUGGAUCACGACAAGACCCCGAUGCUAGAUUCUGAGUUGAGAGUAGUGAAGGACAGUAAUACUCUUUUUACUGAAGCUUUUAGUGAGGUUCAGAAUCCUCAAGAAUUACCUGAAACUGUAGCAGUUCAGAAGGAAACAGAAGGUUCAUCUGGUCUCUUAGAAGUUGAUACAGCACAGGGUUGUGAUACGCCGAUGCUAGAUGUCGAGUUGAGAGUAGAAAAUAGGUCACCUAGCAGCAUGGAGGUUGCUUCUUGUUCAGGAAAAAUUACUAAUCUUUUUAUUGAAGCUUCAAGUGAGGCUUGUGAUGCUCGAAGAUUACCUGACAUUGUUGCAGUUCGAAAGGAAACUGAUUGUGUGACACAGCUUAUGUGCAAUGGAGGCUCUUCUGGUCUCUUAGAAGCUAAUGCAACACAUAGUUAUGAUGGAAAUCUUCACCAAGAUGAGACUCCAAUCAUAGAUUCCGAGUUGAUAGUAGCAAACGGGUUGGCAAACGGGUCAGCCCAUUUGGUUAAGGAUUCUGAUGAGAAAAACAUCUUGGAAGAAAAGCAAAUAAGCUAAAUGAUCACAGUUAACACAACCACUAACAGGACUACAGUUCUGCAUGCAGAUCAGUUCAGGAUGGGAUGGACACACAGAAAAUCCAAAUUAGAAAAGGGUAGAUGAUGAUGAUGAUGAUGAUACUUGUGAUUGAUUCAUUCUUGUACUUUGGUAUUUGUUUAUGGCCUCUAAUCACCUGAAAGAAGAGGGCUGCAGUUUCUUGUCAACACUAAUUGUAGCUAUUUAAUUUUGCUCAUUUCUGAUUCAUUAGAGGUAGGAUUAGCGAUUACAGCAGAAUGAAUGACAAUUAUUUAGUUGAUUCAUGAAAAGUUAAUGGAAGAGUAUUAUUUAA